CUGAGGUCGAGUCCCGUUUAAACUGCAGCCCGGUUCAGGUGAUCCCAGGACCAGGACCAGGACCGAGACCCGGACCGAGACCAGGACCGAGGACCAGGACCGAGACCAGGACCAGGACCGAGACAACAUGGACUUCUCUCAGGCUUCGUCCGAGCUGAAGCUGCUGCUGAGCAAAGUGAAUCCAACCGAACUCCAGAAAGUUCUGAUCUGGAUCCGAGACUCAGACGAGCUGGACCAGCUGCUGGUGGACAACAGGACGGUGAUGCUGAGGAGCAUCGCAGACGACCUGAGGGCGAGUCUUCCUCCAGACGCCAUGCUGCCCUCUGAGGCCGCCGCCCACCAGAAGAUGCAGCAGUGUCCCCGGCCGACGGUCCACGUGGACGCCUUCCUGUACGAUGACCAGCAGGUGGACGCUCUGUGUGAGGGCGGGACCAUGAGCCGGACCUACUGCCUGACCUGUGGCUCCCGGAGGACCGCCCCUCUGGACUUCAUCUCUCACUCCUUCUCCGUGACAGAGCUUCAGUUCCUGUUCCAGAACGUUCUCCCAGAUCUGAGCGGGCGCACACUGGUGGAUGUGGGGUCUCGACUGGGAGCCGUGUUGUACGGGGGUCACGUGUACAGCUCGGCCUCGCGGCUGAUUGGCCUGGAGCUCAGCGAGGAGUUUGUCCGGCUGCAGAACGCCACGCUGCAGAAAUACAGGCUGAACGACCGCGUGCAGGUUCAUCAGGCUGACGUCUGCACCCAGGACGUCCUGCUGCAGAACACAGACGUGCUGGUCAUGAACAACGUCUUUGAGUACUUCAUGGAGCCCAGCGAGCAAAUCAAAGCGUGGAGGUUCAUCAUGAAGAACCUGGUGAAGACCGGUUCCCUGCUGGUGACGGUUCCCAGUCUUCAGGAGAGUCUGGCCGCUCUGCAGGAGGCGCUGCGGCCCGGCUGGGUGGAGGAGCUUCCUGUGGACUACGACGUGGACCUGGGCAGAGACACAGACACAGACGCCCUCAGACAGAUCCACCUCUACAGGGUCAUGUGACCUGGGUCGGACCGGUCUGAACUCCUUACACCUGGUCUGGUUCCAGACUGGAAUCAGGUCUGAACUGGUCUGGACUGAACUGGACUUGUGUGAACUGGUCUGGACUCGUGUGAACUGGUGUGAACUGGUCUGGUGUUUCUGAAUAAAUCUGUUAUCUCCUCCUGUGUGGAAACCAGAUCUGAAACUAACGACGGUCCAGAUAAUAAAUCCAGAGUUCUGCUCCGUCACUGUGACAUCA